GAAGCGUUGAUAUGCAUACGCUGUAUUUAUUUGUCGUAACAGUUCAAAUAUGCUCAAGACAAUUGUACUCUGAUCCUGACUCUGGUUGUACUUGCUUUGUAGUUACUGAAUGGAUGAUAGCAAGCAAUAGUACCUGUUUAAACAUGUUAUGCACGGGCAUUCCCAAUCACAUUCAAAUCAACUUCCAACUCAUCUCGGGAAGUCCGCCACGUGAUCAGGAUUUCAUACAAGAAGUCCAAGGUCACCCGCACCACAACGUUUUAUUUCCCCAAUGCAGCAAAGCGAAUGUGUAGGACUUUUGCAGUAAGAAUGAGCAGGUAUCGUUGUCGGCGAGUUUCAUGUUCAACAAUUCUCUUUUAGUGAAUUUUGAAUACAAGAACAAGCAAAUGGAAGGGACGAAACAUGCACGACAUGUGAAGGCUAAGGGACAUGAAACAGAGCCAAAACAUCCGGGAUACGAACUUCUUAAAACUCGUCUUGACUCCUUCGUUGAUUGGCCGAGAAGAUAUGUGCCCAAAACUCCCGAGGAGUUGGCAGCAGCUGGCUUCUUUUACAUCGGGUCAGCUGACCGGGUCACGUGUUUCCAGUGUGGGAUAACUCUGAGAGACUGGGAGGAAGAACAUGAUCCUGUGGCCGAACAUCAGAGAUACUCGGAACACUGUCAGUUCAUCAACAAGACAGACCUGAACCAACUCGGAGUUGCAACUAGGAAGCCUGAACUGGCACAAGGAGUUUCCCCGAUUGAGGCCUCAAGUAACCAGAACACCAGAGCGUUGACGGGACAAGUUACAGCGGCCACCCACAUAGAAUCCGCAACAGAAGGACACGUCGGAGAGAAAGAAACAGAUGACGCUAAGAUGGGCGGGGCGGGUUCAGAUAACCAAAACCGGAACUCCAACAACGCAUGCGCAUCUGCAGGAGCACAUCACGAAGACGUAAAGAGUGGAUCUGCAAAAGAGGAGAGCUGGGCGUCCUCAUUGGUCAAACCGUUAGCAGCUAACGAGGAAAUGACAUGCCCAAUAAAUAAUGUUACACAAAUGUUUAAUGAUAGCGUGUCAUUGGAAUCCGAAGAAAGGGAAUGUAUGACCAAACAAGGCGUCAGUCAAACAUCCGAACAUACAUGUAGUUACAUAGCUCGUGGUUUGCCCCGUGAGAAGAGAUCAGGACAAACAACCGUCACUGCUUUGUCUAGUCCUGUUAAAACUGAAAACAGGAAGCUGCGCGCGCAGGUCACAUGUCGACUGUGUCAAACAGCGGAAGUUAGCGUUGUAUUUCUUCCGUGCGGCCACCUUGUAACGUGCGCCACCUGCGCUGAACGUGUGGACACGUGUCCAAUGUGUGCUAAAAUAAUAGCUGGAACAGUAAAAGCGUUCAUGGCAUAGUUCGUAUAUUCAAUAAUUUACUCUUAAUGCAUAAGAUGUUAAAUGUAUAGUGCCAUUUUACACAAUAUUAUGCCCUAUAGCAUAACAUCCUCAAUUAUCUGCAUGCUAAUAUGAUAAAUAUCUUUGACCGAUUCGCCACACAUAGCUCUGCUUCGGAAGUGACCUCAUCAGCUUCAUCUCUUGUGUCUCUAACUUAGCACAGGAUUUCUCUCGCACGUGAGAGAUACAUGAUUGGACGACUAAUUUAGCGUCGUAUUAUUCCAAUCAGGCUCAAAACGAAAGCAAUGACAGCGGAUUGUUCCAGGGUACUUAUCAUAAUAUCAUGCAGAUAUUAUACACUGGAUAAUCGAGGAUGAUAUCAUGUGUCUUUGCAUAAGAACUUCACCUGUAUGUUUUAAAUUCGUUAUCAUCAUAGUAUCCUGGACUUUCUAUACAUUACCUUAUAUUCACCGCCCGUUGCGACCUUCCAUUAGCAUCUCGUUCCUGUGAUAGGUGCACCGCAGUAACUGUCAGAGUCACCCGUGUCUGUAGUGAAUGGAUGCAUAGUCAUGCGUGUUGUUGUUAUAGUAAUGUACACUGCCGGACAAAAGAAAGGAUAUACACACAUGUUCGAUGAUGGCUCAAAAUGAAAAGAACCCCAACCAAAUCAAUAAAUUGAAAUUCGAUGGUGAGUCUUGAUCCGGGUAUCAAAGUUGUGUUUUGUACCUUGAGGUUGCCGUGUUUUGGCGGCUGGUUUCAGCUUGAGAUAUCGGUAACGUUGUGAUAAAGUGUGUAAUAUUUUGGUCAAAUCAAAGUUUUAAGUGUACGCUUUCUUUUGCCCGGCCGUUAAUGUUUAAUGUUCCAUAAUCAAGACGGAACAUAUCUUUUCUCUGCUGUUGUUAUAGAAUACUAGAAAUAAUGUUAUUUAAAUGCAGAAAAUGUUGUGAGGACAAGGCAAGCUUCAUCGUUGAAGAAACCAUAAGAAACAAUUACGGCUGUUGAAGCAAAUAUCAAUGUUGGAGAUUUCACGUGAGACAAUAACAGCCGUGGCAACUAAUGUCAUCAACCUUAAAUUUAUCAUGAUAGACAAUGACAGUCGUGGCAGCGAAUAUCAACUUUAAA